AUGGAUCUUUUCAGUCAAUUGUCAUUGCAAGAUCAAAACGUAGGAACCAACGAUGAGGCUCUUCUUGAUUUAUCGAAAUUGUCUCUAGUUGAGAAGACAGAGGAUAUCAGUGCCAUGGAUAUAGAUGCAAUGAGUGUGAAUGAUAUUGAAAGUACUAAUACUUUGAAAAGUGUUUCAUCAAUACCUGUUGAUGAGAUAUUGUCGGUGAAGAGCUUUAAUGGUGGUGAAAAUAUGGUGGUCUCCGAUGAAGAAAAUCAAAACAACAAUGAUAACACUAAUUUCAUAAAGAGCCUACUCUCACCCACAAGUUUAGGAAUAGCAGCUGCUACUUCAAUGAGUACUGGCGGUGAAUAUGUAAAUAACGAGAACCCUGAGCAAAUUUAUACAAUCGAAGAGCCAGUUGAUGAGAAAAAUGAAGCAACUACUAGCACAUAUCUGCAAGAUUUGCAAACAGAAUUACGUAAGAGGUCUGGGAAGGAACCAAUAAAUAUUAUGAUAAAUUAUCACAACUACUAUAAUGAUGGAUAUACUGACAAUACAAACAAAAACAAUCAAAGAGUGUUGUCGAUGCAUGAUCAAUAUUACAAUACUGUCCAUUCUAAUAAUGUUAAACAACCCCAAAAGGAUUUAGUACUCCGGCUACCGUCUCCUUGGUCAAUUUAUUCUCAUCCAGUCUCCAGAGUAAGUUAUAACAUAAUGACAAUUUUACAAUUAAUUAUAAACUUUAUUACUUAUAUGGCGUUGGCGUUGUUAUUAUUUUUAACUUUACACACGAUUGGUAAAGAUAUAAAAUCGAUUUGGAAUAUAAAGAAAAUCGAAUUAGUGAAAGAAUCAUUUAGUUGCAGACAUAAUUUUACGAUAAAUAGAUGCCAAGAUAACAAUAAAAGGCUUCCUGCAUUAUAUGAAGAAUGUGAAAAAUGGUUUCAUUGUAUGAAUAGAGAUAAUGAUAUGCUAUUUUCCACUAGGACAACUUUAACCAUGUCAUUCCUAGGUGAAGCUAUCAACGCCUUCAUCGAACCUAUAGGUUGGAAAGCUAUUAUGAUAAUAAUAUUAUCCUUUUUAACCUGGACAUUUGCUACUAAUUUUUUAUUUGGUUUUGCAAGAGCAAAGUCUUAUUACGGUUUAAAUAAACAAAGUCAACAGCCAACCGGUGAUAAACAAAGGGAACCGUUGGCAAACAACUCGCAUUCUGAUUCUCAAAUGACUAAACAUCCAAAUGAAACUGCAUUAUCAAAAAUUAGUUACAGUUGA